CCCCCCCCCCCCCCCCACAGUGGAUCCCGCUCACGUUUCGCUGGACCAAAAAGCAUGCCAGAUUACGACAGAACACACAUUAGACACACGCAGAGUCUGCGCAUGCCAUAAAAAAUGGGGAGUCUGGUGGCACACCUGGGUGCAGGCUCACACCGCGUCAGCUAUUUGUGCCCAAUCCGCGCGCGUCAGUUAACUGACUGGCGCGGACAGUAGACUGAUGUCUGGAAGAGGAAAGGGGGAGUGAGGUCGACGGUUUCGGCGCAUAUUCCUCACUAUACACAACUUGUCAAGUUUGAACCUAUCACAAUGCUCAAAUAAGUGGUGAAUUGGAAAGCUGCCGACUGACGGGAUAACUCAACCCUAGCAGUCAGCCCAGUGUGUGGUUGUGUGAAGUGACGGACUGGUGGACAGUGAGUCAGGCUGCAACGCCUGGUUAAUUUAGCUGAUAUGGCACUCCUAUUUGCAUGGGAUCUGAGCUGAUUGCUUCCUGUUUCCGUAAAAAGCUGGUCCGACGCGUGUGACACACAUAAACGGGCAGUGGACCGCUGUCAGCCGCUGCGUCCGAUCCUGCCUCCGGCGGCCCCGACUCUCUUGCCGCCGCGCCCAGGAGUGUGAGAGAGGUGAACGUGUGUGAGUUGCUGUGUAAGUCGCAAGGAACUAAUUUACCCUCAAGUCACUGUCCUGCGCCUGCCACGCUACGGGCACCCUGUGGACGUUCUUGUCUGCAACGUUUGAACUGACGAUGUCAUGCACCUUUUGGAAGCAUCCAUAUGCGUGGUCGGUGAACCGCGUUUUCAGCUACAUGUGACCUCCCUGACCGAUGCUGAAAGGUUUUCUGCCGCAGGCGUGAAACCCACCCUAUUUUUUUAUCAUCUUCGCUCGCUAGUCUUUUGUUGCACGCCCAGACUUGACUGGGAAGGGGCAAAGGUGGUCGUCGUCGUCGUCAUUGGCUAAAAUCAUAGAGAACCUUCUUCUCUUUGAGCAACAUAGAGCAAGACAUCCUCCACGCCGAACACAGUGGCGCACUGGUCUACUAAUCAUGAUAUAAAUCACUAUCUUGCCACAAAUUGAUGAGCAUCGCCAGGGAAAUAUCAAUCAAGUGGAGCUCAGACCCAAGUGCUGCAGUGGACGAGGUUUCGCCCAUCUCAUUAUGUCACUGAACAAACUAUCGACGCCAGUGUGUGUCUCGCUUUCCUCCUCUUUUUCUUUAUUGUCCUGCUCCCUAUUCCUUUUAUCUGUCAUUUGUGGCUUUCCAACGCCGACUCUGUGCGAACUCUUGAGUGCUGUGCCUGUGCUCGCUUCUGAUCAAACAAUAUGCCAGAUAGUCUCGUGCUUGUCGCUUAGAAUUUCUCACUAUUUCCUCCUUCUUCACCUCUUCUCUCUUUAGGAGAUUUACCCUUGCCUGAAUCCUGCGCUCUGUAUCGCCUCACCCAUGAAUCGGCGGAUCAGCAGCUGGAUCUCAUCGCAGCACCCACUUGUGUCCCACAAAUCAACAGCUCCUGCACCUACCCGCCCGAUUCCCUUGUUCGUCUGGUCUCGCUCCUGCCUAACUUUCGUCUAGCAGGCGGCCUUAAUAUGCCCAAAAUAAUCACCAUUCUUUGCUCCGAUGGCCGGAAACGACGCCAGUUGCUAAAGUGUCGGGAUGACCCACGUCAGGACGCGAUCAUGCAGCAGGUAAAAGAUCACCCCUUUUCACCCAACCCUUCUGGUUGAAAACCGCGACUGCGGGAGUUCGACAGGACUUCUGGGGUCUUUUCUUAUCAUUCCCAAAUACUUUUACAAGUAAGUCAUAAGAAGGUGGGGCGUGUGUGAAUCAUUGACCUGUCCUUCGGAGUUACCGGCCAGGAGUCCUAGUCUGGCGUUUUUAACUGUCAAACUGAACCCGUUAACGGCAUGACUUUUCACUCCGCUUGUUAAAAUCAAUGUCUUGUGAUAUAGCUUCCCUCACGAUCCGUGUCGGUGGAGACAACGAGGAAUCAUUAUAGAAAGUUAGCUCCUCGGAUUUCCGCUAGUCUUUGACCUGGAAAACAGGAGCUAUUGGGAUGUAAUAAGUGUCGAAGUUGGUCCGUUUUGCUUGUCUUUAUACUCUUUGGGAAGACUUUUUGAUGGAAAUAUUUUAAAGUUGAUGAGAGUAAUUAGGUUUUUUUAAAAUUUUUGCGUCCUAAAGCAUACCUUCAGCAGAAAACGUUCAAACACUGUUUUGAAUGCUGCGAAUUUAUGGGUACUGGGUGUAUUUAAAAUCGGAGUCGCCUUUAUAAGAUGUUUUGAAUGAAGAUGCGCGGAGGUUUCCUUUUGACUAGAAUCACCAAAACAUUUUUUCUACGUGCUAUUUUGAUUUGUUCUAAUUGUUUUGAGUGUGGGAUUUUUCCAUGUUUCAAGACCACCUGUCUCCACCCUAGGUAGCGCGUUGGAAAGUGUAGCGGAAUUUUUUCUACUGAACUGUAAAUCUGUAAAAUCCUCCAAAAACCUUAAGCAACUAUGUACUUGGUCGCGUUCUCCGGGGAAAACGAAUCAGCACUCGUUUUCAUCCCACUAGAAGGUUUAACUACUCUCGUUUCUACCGUUUGUCGUCGUCUUUAUCGCCCUCUAACGUUCGUAAUCACAUGUCAUUAUCUCCUAUUUUUUUCGCAACGAACCAGAAACAGAGGGGAUCUUAUCGUCACGUCAGUGCGUAAACCCAUCUCCAGUCGUCUUAAUCCUGUCUACGCCAUUAAAACAAAGAGUUUGGGGGAGGGGUUAAGCCUAUGCUGAGCGAGUUUCCCCUGCCUUGCGUCGUAACCGCAGGUUUUGAGGCUAGUCAUGCACAUAAUCGAGUUUGUCGAAAAGAUUACCACGUCGUUUUUACUCGGAUUUAUAUUGCAACAUUGGCCAGAUUCUUCCACAGGUACCUUGGCUUUGUAGGUUUUUACAGCAGCCAACCACCUACUGGCAGCCCACGCCUACGAUGUGAUGCCGUUUACCGCUGCAACGACCUCCAGCACCGCCAAUCAAGCUCAGCGGUCCACGUCUACCUCAAACCCUUGUCUGUCACGUCAUCCUAUGCGAAUCCGCACUUAUACGGUCCGUGUAUAG